AAGUCAAUUAAAUAAAUAAAUAAAAACAAAAUCCCAUUUUCGCAGCUAUGCUCCAGCUCCACAUAUUUUCUUCAACUCCAACACUGUGAAUCCUAUCUUGCUUCAUCUGUCUCUUGCAAACACAUCCACAUUCAAUUUGAAGAUUACAUCAGGCAAUGAAGGCCUUGCGAAGCCUUGAGGUCUGGAAACUAGGAGUUGUCAACUAUUUGGAUGCAUUAAAACUGCAAGAAAAACUGGUAUUGGAAAGAAAAUCCCAUAAGAUAUGUGACACUCUUCUGUCCUUGCAACAUCCUCCUACAUACACUGUGGGCAAAAGACAAACGGUUCACAAUUUACUCAUCCCCCAGUCAGAAUUGGAACAGAUUGGAGCUGAACUUCACUAUACUCAACGAGGAGGAGACAUUACAUUUCACGGUCCACACCAAGCCGUAUUAUAUCCUAUCAUUUCGCUUCGUGACGUGGGACUCGGUGCGAGAAGAUUUGUAGAAAAGAUUGAGUUAACUAUGAUUGAAUUGGCAGGUGUAUAUGGUGUGAAAGCUUGUCCUGGACAAAGGUGUGAGACGGGAGUGUGGGUUGGAGAAAGGAAGAUAGGUGCAGUUGGUGUACAGAUAUCGAACGGAAUCACUUCUCAUGGUAUGGCAUUUAACAUUGACCCUGAUUUAAAUUACUUUAGGCACAUUGUUCCGUGUGGAAUUGCAGAUAAAGAAGUGACAUCUUUGAGAAGGGAGACGGGUUUUGACCUUCCCAGAGAAGAAAUAAUACAAGAGGAGUUGAUUUCAUGUUUCGCAAGAAUCUUUGGUUAUGAUAACCUGAUCUGGAAGGAAGGUGCUUCUAUAUUGUCUGAUAAGAACGAAACUGAGUGAGACAUAGCUAUAUUUGUCAGUAGAUAGUUGUAUAACAGUUAUUCAUUUCUUGUAUUAUUUUGAAGUAUUUAACUAAUAAAGUUAUUGUUUAUUCUACA